CGAGAAACUCUGCACCGCAAAAGAGAUGUCCGUCAGUCUAGGUACGGGCGGAGCAUCCGGGCAUGCCGGGUGCCCGGCAGUGUUAGGAAAUAGCCAGCCUGCUCCUGGAGUUGGCGCGGGGGGCGAUGUUAACGGGCAGAAAAAUACACUGGCUAGAAGAAGCCAGGAAGAGGCUAAAGACGCAGGCCAAAAAGGACCCGACCAAGCUCAAAUACUACACCCAGCUCCUGAAGGAGUGCACAACCAAGAACAUUGAGGCAGCUUUUGACACACGUACUAUGGCAUUUUCUAAUGAUUUUUGUUCACUUUUUCUGCCAGCUCGGGGCAAAAUUUUCGAACUCCGGGAAUACGACAUGUGGGGGGGUCCCCAAGGGGUGUCUAAAUCGGUAUUCCCGGAGUUCGAAAAUUUCG